CAUAGAAACCUGUCUCAAAAAACAAAAAUAAAACAAAACAUUUUAUUAUUACAUGAAAACUUUUAUUUUAUUAUUACAUUAAAAACUAUUUUAUUAUUAGAUAAACUGUAAUCUGUGAUUUUUGCUGUUAAUAGAAAUUUGCAUCAGAAUACCACAAACCAAUGCCCACAUAAGACAACACACUUGGAGCUAGAAAACAUUAUUUUGAGCGAGGUAACCCAGACACAGAAAGACAAUUAUCACAUGUACUCACUCAUAGGUGGUUUUUAAACACAAAGCAAAGAAAGCCAGCCUAAACCACAAUCCCAGAGAACUUAGACAACAAUGAGGACACUAAGAGAGACUUACAUAGAUCUAAUCUACAUGGGAAGUAGAAAGUAGAAAAAGUCAAGAUCUCCUGAAUAAAUUGGGGGCAUGGGGACUUUGAGAAAGGAUUGAAGGGGGAGGGGAGAUGCAGGGAGGGGAGCAGAGAAAAAUGUAGAGCUCAAUAAAUAUCAAUAAAAAAAAGACAACACACUUAUUCAGUGCAUAUGCUCUCCUGACACUUCAUUGACUGCUCAUUUCCCAUCUCAUUUUUCCUGGGCCUUUUCUAGUCCCAGAGACAUAAUUCUGAAAUUACCAACCAACCCUACUGUGGUCUCUAAGUGUUUAAGUAAAAAGAACUGUCCCAGCUCUCAUUUUAAACCAUAAACUACUUGAUGAGCUUUAUGAGAAAGAUAAGUUGAAAGCUGGGACAGUCAAACUGCUAGGCCCCUCUAGUUAGCCAAGUUGUGAACACAAAGGAAAACUUCCUGAAGAAUAAAAAAUGGCUACUUCAUUGUACACAUGAAUGUAGCACAAAUUCUAAUUGGUUUUAAUAAUAAAAACCCAGAGUCAGAUAUUGGUGUAAAUGCUAAUGAAGCACAGGAGUCAAGCACUAGAGGGACCUUUUACCUCCAUCAAAUCCUCAGACUGAAUGCCAUGCCCUGCUGUCUCCUCCCAUCUUACAUUCUUCUCUCUGCCCAGCCAUAUUCCUUCCUGUCUGCACCGCCUUAGUGCUGGGAUUAAAGGUGUGAGCCACCACCGCCUGGCCUCUAUUGCUAACUAGUGGCUUAGCUCUGCAUUCUGAUCUUCGGGCUAGCUUUACUUGUUAGACUGUUAGAUACAUGAAUGGUGCUGACGUGCUUCACAGCAUCCGUGAAGCCAAAGCCUAAUGCAGAACACGACCCCAAAUACAAUUCCGAAGGCUGAGAUGGUUCCCACGGAUGGAAGGAACUGUCUCCAUGCUCAUGGAGAAGCACCAAGUCCUCGCGAAGAGCUAAGAGAAUGAAUGAAGACUGCUGUGCUGAGCAACAGAUUUUCAAGGUAGACAAAACAGUCAUACAGUAAAUGACUCCACUUGAAAACAUCAAAAGACAAGUUAAUUAUAUUAAGAGACUAAUACAGUUAGUGACUGCAAAUUGAAAAUGAUCCUCAAAUCCUAGGGCCAUUAAGAGUUACAGUAGGGAGCUGGGAGAUGGCUCAAAGGUUAAGAGCACUGCCUGCUCUUCUAGAGGUCCUGAGUUCAAUUCCCAGAAACCACAUGGUGGCUCACAGCCAUCUGUAAUGAGAUCUGGCGCCCCCUACAGGUUUGCAGGCACAUAUGCAGGCAGAACACUAUAGUUUUUAAAAAGUUACACUAAAGCUCUCUACAUGGAGAAGCAGGUGUGUGUGUGACAGUACACCUGCUUAAAACAUGGUCCACUGUUGAGACCUACUGCUCAGAAAAUAUUCUGUUUAAAAUAUUAGUUUCAGUGUUCCUUACUACUCCAGGGCACUCAAACAUACAAUUAGACUGCUGCUUCCUGCUAACUCCGCAUCCUUCCUGCAGCCCUGUGGGGUCAUCCUGACUUUGCAAUCUUAAGUACUGAAGAGACUCAUUUCAGACAGACGCAGCAGCCUCCUCUGAGGUACCCAGUCCACUCUAGAUGUCAUGAGUACCUGUGAUGCUACAAUGUAAAUACUGUAGAAGCUGGUUCCAGCUCUCCUAGGUGGGUCUAGGGAAGCGGUUCUCAACCUGUGGGGAUCAAACAACCCUCUUACCAGGGUUGCACAUCAGGUAUUAUUUACAUUACAAUUCAUAACAGUAGCAGAAUUAGUUUUGAAGCAGCAACAAAAAUAAUUUUACUAAUAAAGCAGCAACAAAAUUCAGAGGCCUAACUCCAAUUCUGAAAAUUUUUUUACUGUGGGUAAAAAGCCAAUAAACACAUUAUAUGCCAUGAAUGGGGAAGGGUAUUUUUCUCUUAAAGAUACAGCCUUGCUGGCAUCACAGUGACCCUUGUGCAUCAGCAUCUUGAUUGCUGGAAUUCGAGGCAUGCACCACCACGCCUGGCUUUACUAAGGAGACAUCUUUUGUGAAAUGAAGACUUAGUUGCCACAGAAACAUCAUUCUGUGUAGUUUUCUUUCAAUCGCCUUGCUUGUCACAGUAGUAUAACCCCAGCUCUUAGAAAAUCUGAGAUAAUCCCAGCACUCAGGAGGUAGAGACAGGUGGAUCUCUGUGAGUUCAAGGCCAGCCUGGUCUACAAGAGCUAGUUCCAGGACAGCAAUGGCCAACAGAGAAACCCUGUCUCGGGAAAAAAAGAAAGAAAAAAGGAAAGAAAAUGGGGCACUAGUAUUACUUACAUAUGGCUUAUGUAUAGUGGCAUUUCAAUUAUAUUUUAAGAAAUAAAGGCUGCCUGAAGAUCUGAGAGUAAAACUGAUCAGCCUUACAGACCGGGUUAUGGUAACACACACCUUCAAUCCCAGUAGCCACACUAGUUGCUGUUGACUGGGGUUUCUUUCCCAUCAGGUCCCACAGUCGUUUAAUCCCAAAUAAAAACACAGAGGUCUACAUUAAUCAUAAACUGGUUGGCCUAGUAGCUCAGGCUUCUUAUUAACUAAUUCUCACAUCUUACAUUAACCCAUUAACCUUGUCUGUGUUAGCCAAAUGGCUUGGUAACUUUUUCCGGCAUGGCAGUCACAUCUUGUGUCCUGCAUCUGCAGAAUUCCCAGAAUUCUGUUCUCAUUGCUUACUUCCUGCCUAGCACUGGCCAAUCAGCAUUCUAUUAAACAAGUACUAGAAAUAAAUCUUUACGGGUAAAACCACUGUCCCUGCAGCAAGCUGCCAGAGAAAUCAGGUGGUGCACGCCCUAAUCACAGUGGUACACACCUUUAAUUCCAGCCCUAGAGAGGACUAUAAAACGGGAAGAAACAGCUCUAACAGUCUCAUUCUGAGAGAUUCCUGGAGACAAGAUCGCCAUUUCAGACUGAGGUCAAAGAGCCAGUGGUUGGCUGUUUUUCUUUUCGGUCUUCAGGCUGAACCCCAGUUUCUGACCCUGAGCUUCUAUUAAUCGUGUAUCCCUUAUGGACUGUUGUUGUAUUAAGUACAAAACUCCUGGGAGUCACUCAUGGUAAUUCAAACCUAUCUCCCUUUUCUUCAUACCUCAAAGGGGCAGAGCGGGUGGCCAGAGAAAAUUUCCAAGACACAAGACUAAAGGGGGAGGAGGGAGACACAAGUCCUCAUGGCACAAGGUACCGCAGUGUAAGAGGCCACGCUGGGACAUGUUUAAGGGGCAAUUCAGAAGGCAAGUUAAUGGCCUUCAAACUACCCUGUUAGAAACAAAGUGUUUGUGAACUGUAACAACUGCUGCAGUUUAUAACCCCUAAUGGCCAAACGUGACAGCAAUGAAGUGAAGGGAACUUAAUAAUUAUCAAAUUUACUCUUAAAGUCACGGGCUACCAUAAAAGGGGAACAAAAAGCAAAAAAGAAAAAGAAAAACAAAAACCCAACAAAACAAAAAAGAAUAAGAUAGUUUUUUUUAAAAGUAGACUUUUAUUUGCCAUUCGUGGUCUUAAUUUUUGUAUGUUUGCUUUUCAAGCCCGGGGGGGGGGGGGGGUCUCUGUAGCUUUGGAGCCUGUCCUGGAACUAGCUCUUGUAGACCAGGAUCUUGUAGACUAAGAUCCGCAUGCCUCUGCCUCCCAAGUGCUGGGUUAAAGGCGUGUGCCACCACCCCACGGCUUGUGGUUCUAAACCUUUAACCUCUUAAGUAUGAGGGUUAAAUAGGCUUGCUAGCUGUGGCAGACUCUAGCACUCUGAGGUGAAGCAGGAGGAUCGAGUUGAAAGCAGUCCUCAGCUACUUUGUGAGCUCAAGUGUAGCCUGGACCACACAAAAUGUUAUCUCAAACGAAACAAAACAAAAACACCAGCAUGCUGUUUGUAAACCAUCUCAAAACGUACUGGAACCACGAACCGCUUCCUCUGAAAGGAGGGCAUCCACUAAAAUCCACGCAAAUGUGAUGCAUGCCAGCUGUUGCAGGAGGCAGGGAGGGUGCUACGUAGCAGUUUCUGAGAUUAAAACCUGCAUCCCAGAGGGAAACUUCCUAAGAUGGAGGCUUACAGAGGCAAAAUAGGCUGUUCUAAAGAGACAUGAAGUAGACACCAAAAAAAAAGUCCCUGAAACUGACUAGACUCCCCAAACCCUUUCCCCAUGAGUCUAUUAAACAGUAGAGUAUUGAGGGCCUCUCUCAGACAAGCCCAGAAGAAGCAAAUAAUGCCUAGAAUUAAUAAGGACAAGCUGAACAUCCUGGAAGAUGCUCAGACCCACUGAGCCACCAGGAAAGGACAGUCCAAUCUUUUGAGCUGUGGGGGUGUACUCCAGGUUUCUAGCUUUGGGAGCCAUGCUGGGGUGUUUUUUGGCACCACUGUGUUGUGUCUCUUUCUGUUCAUGUAAGUAACCCCUCACCCAUAUUCCUCUAAAUAACCCCAGUAAAACUCACGCUUCACCAAAUCAGACUUCAGAGAUACACAAAUUCGGUAUGUACAGGUGCCCUACCUGAGCUGAGCAGGUGUGUGUUUAUCUCCCCAGAAAAGGUCUGUCUCACGACAGAGGGACAAGCACACAACCUGUGCAACCGGUGGUGUAAAAUAUGCAUCCUAGCACUAACUCCUCCUGAGUCCAUGACAUCUGUACCAUCAGACUUCCCCUCCCCAUUAAUUCACUCCCUUCCAAAAAAAUUUUCACCACCGCUAGAUUUGUGACACUUCCAAAAACAGGGAGAUUAUCCCGAAGCUCUAUCUGCUCUCCCGUGGAAACUUAAGCCAAAGAAACCGGCUUUGGUUCUCACCCAGUGUUUACUUGGAUCUGGUCCGCCCAGCACCCGAGAAGCUGCAAGCCACCGGACCAGCCCAGUUCUGCUCCACCAAGGGAAAAGCAAUUCGUGAACGUUAGCCAACCAAGAGUGCAUCAGGCGCACCAGGGUCUGCAGCCAACCUCAGCCAGUCGGAAGUGACGUGCCAGCGCAGCCUCUCGGGUCAGCCACGUAAUCCGCCGCCGCCGCCUGCAGCAGCCACCCUCUCCCCAAACUGACCCAGAGACCGAGAAAGUGAGACCCCCAAGCCCAUAAUCCGUAGUCACCCAGGCUCUGCGGCGCCCAGCCCCACCGGGGAGCAGCCUCAGACCCCGGCGCCGGCGAGGUGACACCGAAGCUUCGCCCGCCGAGACGAGCCGCCGGCCAUGGGCUUCGGCGUUCCGCCACGCGCAUGCGCGCGGCCUUGGGUCUCCCGGGCAUGGCUCGGGUCACCUGGGCGCCAGCACCGCAGCCACCUGGCGCGUCGGGGGCCCUCCCGCCCUUCCGUAGCCGCGCGGGCCCUCACCUCCGGCCCUCUGCCGCCACCCGCGGCGGCCCCGUCUAGGCCCCGGCGCCGCGAGCCGGCUCAGCGCCGCGCUCGCAGCCUUCCACCAGCCGCGGCGCCGCCGCUUCCGCUUCCGUCAAAUAAUGGCCGAGACAAGUCUGAUAGAGGCUGGAGCCUCUGCAGCCUCCACAGCUGCCGCCCUGGAGAACCUGCAAGUGGAGGCAAGUUGUUCUGUGUGCCUGGAGUAUCUGAAGGAGCCUGUUAUCAUCGAAUGUGGGCACAACUUCUGCAAAGCCUGCAUUACCCGCUGGUGGGAGGACCUAGAGCGGGACUUUCCUUGCCCGGUCUGUCGGAAGACAUCGCGAUACCGAAGCCUCCGGCCCAAUCGACAACUGGGUAGCAUGGUGGAAAUCGCCAAGCAGCUCCAGGCCGUCAAGCGGAAGAUCAGGGAUGAGAGCCUCUGCUCCCAGCACCAUGAGGCCCUGAGCCUCUUCUGCAAUGAAGACCAGGAGGCUGUCUGUUUGAUAUGUGCCAUUUCCCAUACCCACCGGGCCCAUACCGUGGUGCCAUUGGAUGACGCUACACAGGAGUAUAAGGAGAAACUGCAGAAGUGCCUGGAGCCCCUGGAACAGAAGCUGCAGGAGAUCACUUCCUGCAAAACCUCCGAAGAAAAGAAACCGGGGGAGCUCAAGAGACUAGUGGAGAGCCGCAGACAGCAAAUCCUAAAGGAAUUUGAAGAACUCCACAGGAGGCUGGAUGAAGAGCAGCAGGCACUCUUUUCCCAGCUGGAAGAAGAAGAGCAGGACAUUCUACAGAGACUUCGAGAAAAUGCUGCUCAUCUUGGGGUCAAGCGUCGGGAAGUGGCCCACUUAGCUGCUGAGGUGGAGGGCAAGUGCUUACAGUCUGGCUUCGAGAUGCUUAAGGAUGUGAAAAGUACCCUGGAAAAAUGUGAGAAGGUGAAGACCAUGGAGGUGACUUCAGUAUCUAUAGAGCUGGAAAAGAACUUCAGCAGUUUCCCCCGGCAGUACUUUGCCCUAAGGAAAAUCCUUAAGCAGCUAAUUGCGGAUGUGACCCUGGACCCUGAGACAGCGCAUCCUAACCUUGUCCUGUCAGAGGAUCGGAAGAGUGUCAAGUUUGUGGAGACAAGACUCCGAGACCUCCCUGACACGCCCCAGCGUUUCACUUUCUACCCUUGUGUCUUGGCUACUGAAGGCUUCACCUCUGGUCGACACUACUGGGAGGUGGAGGCUGCACACUGCGUCCUCUCGCAGAACCCGGAGAACCAGGCACUGGCGAGGUUUUACUGCCACACGGAGAAGACCAUCGCGAAGCGUCUGGUCCUGCGGCAGGACCCCUCGGUGAAGAGGACGCUCUGUCGCGGCUGCUCCUCUCUCCUCAUCCCGGGCCUCACCUGCACCCAGCGCCAGAGACGCCUGAAGGGACAGCGCUGGACGGUACAGACCUGCCUGACGUGCCAGCGUAGCCAGCGGUUCCUCAAUGACCCCAAGCAUCUGCUCUGGGGUGACCGGCCUGAGGCCCAGCUGGAAAAUCAGGCAGUUUUCAGACCAUCAGAGCCCCUGCCAAACACAGCCCACCCCCCUAAGGAGAACAUGCAGCCUCAGGCUUCAAACACCAAUGACGAAUUCACCAUUUCCCAGAUAAAUAAAGAUUGAAUUUUGUUUGA